AUGUGCAAGAAUAUUGGUAGAUACGAAAGCAGACGUGAUGGCCCAAUACCCCGCCGAGAUGGCCCAUGCCUUGACAGCGCCGUCCGCCCAAUCCGCAUGGUCGACGUCACAAAACGUAGACUUUGGAGCGCCCGAUCCAAGUCGCUAUCCCGCAAGAAGUCCAGCUCGUCGAAGCCGAAAUCCACGGCUCUGGCCGCUGCCGGAAAGCUGAAGCCCUCCGAUGAAUCGUCGAAGAGCCGCCGGUCUUCGAAGAGCAAGAAGGAUAGCAAGUCGAGCAAGAGCAAGAAGGCCAAAGACUCCUCCAUCAAGAGCAAGAAGGAAAAGUCGGCUAAGAGCGUGAAGAGCGCCAAGAGCAAGUCUGGCAAGAGCGUCAAGACGCUGGCUAUUUCCGGCGCGGGCCCGAAGACGCAGGGCAUCACCAUCCAAGAGACGCAGCUCAACUGGAAGGCGACCGGUGGCCUCGGCAAAUUCAACCUGCACAACACCGACUCGACCACCAGGGCUUUCAAGGUUAAAACUAGCGACAACCUGCUUUACCGCGUUGCCCCCGUCUAUGGAGUGAUCAAGGCUGGAGAGAAGAUGGAAGUGCAAGUGAUGCGCAAUAAUGGUGCGGCCAAGGUGGACAAGCUCGUCGUUCUGUCGAUGCCCGUGGCCGGCGAGCUGGGCGGCGAGGAGGCGUUCAAGCAGCCCGGCGCCAACAAUAACAACUUCGACUUGGCCCUGCUGCCGCUGGUCACCUCGUCU